ACCAACUUUUCAUUUAGCACACAUGGUGCUAAUUUCAGAACUACUGGGGUCAGAAUAGCGGAAUGGUUUCACAGUAAUUAUUUAAAGAUUUUUUGUGUUCUAGGCUGAAUUGGAGAUGAACGAGGCGUUAGCGUCGCUAGAGAUGCUCAUGUCGGAGUUCUUCGCACCCACAACGAAUAACUUUCGCAAACGAGAAAUUGAGAGCAUGCUAGAGAACUUUUCUAGUCGCCAGGACUCUUGGAAACACUGCCUUAUCUUUCUACAAAAGUCACACAAUCAAUAUGUCUUGAUGUUUACUCUUACUACAUUAGAAAAUAUUAUAAACAGACAAUGGAUUAGUUUAUCAGACAAUGAGAAGACAGAGAUCAGAUUGACAUUAUGGAAUGAGCUCAUGGCUAAACAUGAACUGAUGCCAAACUUUAUUAGAAACAAAUUGGCUUCUCUCAUGGUCGCCAUAGCUCGUUAUGACUGGCCCCAUCUAUAUCCUGAUUUCUUUGAAAACAUUGUGGAGCUCAUACGGUGCGACGGGCGUCGUUGCGUGCUAGGGCUAGUCCUGGCUGGUGCGGCGAGUGAGGAGCUGGGCGCAGCGCGGGACUCCGGUGUGCUCUUGCCCUCGGCGCGGCGCAGUCAACUUGAACGGCUCAUGCUGAAAGGCACUCCGCAAAUGCUCUCCGUUUUAUCAGCUAUAUUAGAAAAGUAUGCCCAAAAAGAAGGACAAUCCGGACCUCCGCCGUCGCCAACCAGUGGCAUUCCACAGACUUCUACCCUCCCAGAUUUACUGGCAAACGCUCAUGAUGUCCAUUGUACAGACAAAGCUUUGAAUAUGGAAAUAGUGGUUAAGUGCUUAACCACUCUGCAGCAUUUAUUCUCGUGGUUGCCUCUAUCUUCUCACGUUCCGCCUUCACUAGUAACGACUGUCUUCUACUGGGGUAGCAUUGCGACUCAGUCACAGAGUAUGGAGGCAGCACUGGCGGGUCUGGGCGGGGUGUGCGAGCUGCUGUAUCGGCGGUACGCGCCGCCGUCGUCUGCUGCCACCGCUCUGCGGCUGCACCACGCGGCGCUGCGCCUGCUGCGCCACCUCACGCACAACCAGCAUCAUAUGGCGCACGCUCAUCAUGAGUACCUAAAUAAGUUAGCAGAGUUCCUAAAACUAUUCGUAUCGCUGCAUUUCAAGAGGCUUGAGGCCGAACCGGAAUUUGAUGCUAUUGAAUUCUUGUCAUAUCUAUUCCAGUAUACAUUCCAGGUGCCAACAUGUGCAAUAUUCGUGAACUGUUUAGACAUAUGGAUACAAUUUAUAGAUAUUUUAAAACCUGAAGACACAGCUAAAUAUUGGGAAGCUCUACAUGGUCUCGUGAAUAGUGUUCUGAAUAAAAUACUUUUCCAGCAUAAUAAAAUACAGCUCCAACACCUCGACAAUGAAGUGUGCGACGAUGAUGGCGAGACUGAAUGGCAUACAUUCCUAAAACAUUGUAUAGAAUGCAUUGCUCGCGUAGCGGAAUUGGCUCCUUUGGACGUCUUUACGGCAGUGCUGGAGCGCUGGCAGUGCUUGGCGGGCGUGCACGCCCGGGCGGCCACGCGGACCGCGCCGGGCGGCGGCGGCGGCGGCGCAGGCGCAGGCGGCGAGGCGGAGCGGCUGCUCGCCGCACUGCUCGACCUCGCCACGCUCACGCGCGUGCUCGGCAGACUGGCCCCGGCACUGCUUUCAGAUCUCGACAACGAGCGCGGUGCGGCUGCGCGUGCGGCUGGCGCCGGGCUCGUGGAGCGCGUGGCCGCGGCACUCGCCGGCGCCGCGCUUACGCGCCCGCAUAGGCAAGCCAUGCCCACGCAGUACGUGCAAGUACACGCGGAAAUGUUCGCUUGUAUGGGUGCGUGGUGUUGUUACGCGAGCGAGUGCGGCGUAUCUUCGCACAUUAUGACGUCACUAUUCACCGCUGCCGAACCUUUCUUACUGCCACAUGAUUCACCUGAACCAUCAUUAUUAAGCCAUGCCUCCGCGCACCUUUUACUCAGCAUGUCAAAAAACAUGAAGUUUGCGACCGAUCCUAUCCCGCUCGUCGGCGAUCUGUACAACCAUGCUCAACGCUCACUACAUUAUUUGGAACCAAAGACUGCAGCAGUAGUUCGAGAAGCGUUACUAUCGUUAGCAUUGUCAAGGAGUACAGGUUCGAAUGGGGCGAUAGUCGGUGGCGAGACGGCGCGAGCGUUACUAGCUGCUUGGACCAGUGCCCUGCCCGUGGCCGGACCAGCGGUAGCGUUGCCCCCUCUCACUGCUUUGUUACAUGCCUUUGCUACACAAUCUACUCCUGUCAAACGAAUAUUAGCUGAAGGCAUGGCUGGUGCAGCGGAGACGUCGCUACGCAUGCUCUGCGAACCAGCAUACGCCAUGGCCGAACAGGAGAUCACAGACUACUUUCUCGCACUUUUCACUGCAGUGUUACCUCAGCUAGGCAACUUCGCUUACACUGCUAUCGACGUAUUCCUCGAGGUUGCGCAAAGAAGCGGCGGGUCGAGCAGCGUGGAGCGCCUAGUGGAGUGCGUGCGUCUGGGCGUGGAGGCGGGUGGCGCCGGCGUGCGCGUCUCCAGCGUGCUGGCGCUGCACCACCACGCGGCCAAUGCGCCGCAGCACGACGCCCCCGACCUCGCCCGCGCCGCACAUCGCCUGCUCGCCAGUGUUCUAGUCCAUCGAUGGAGGUACUUCUUCCCGCACAAGUGCGAAGGCGCGGAGGGCGCGCGGCGGUUAGAAGAAUUGCGCGGCGCGUUGGCAGCUCUGGGCCGCGCUUUAUUGCAGCCCGAUAUCGACUUACUGCGGACAACUUUAGCUGCCCUCGAUCAUUUGCAUGCAAAGUGGAAGCUCUACCACAAGGCACUUGGGUCAUGACAACUUACGUCUCAGGAUGACGGGCGCAGUGGUAGUGCCGA